AUGUCGCGAGUGCAUCAGACUCGACCUCGACGUAUUCAAAACUCGUCCCGGGCUCAAGAAACCCCAUGGCGGGCUCAGCCAAACGGAGAAGAUACGACUCUGCUUUCGUCCCAUUCUCCAAAUCCAACUUACGCUCAGCCAAUCUCCGAAGAUGUCAAUCAAAUUGAGCCAUCGCCUCGACAAGUCGACACUUUCAGCAGUGGCCCUUGGUUCGCAACGGACAAGAUCGGCCCGCGAAGCCUGAUUCUCGCCAUCAUAGACGACUAUCUAGCCCGCAUCUACCCUCUCAUCCCAGUUGUGCACCGCCCAACCUUCCGCCGUCGGCUCGCCCAGAACGAGGAUGUAGAUGACCCAGACUUUCUCGCUUUGAUUCUCUCCUUGGUGGUCGUCGCGGUCGGUCUUCUACCCUCCCGGUUCCCUUACUACCAAUCCAUGGUUUCCGGCAGUUCAUCCAAGUUUCAGACACGGGAAUCGGUUGUCAAUGCCUCCAUCGACAUGUGCAUGUCCAUGCGGACGGCCACCUACUGGGACCAAGUCAGCCACCAAAAGUGGGCAAUGAGCUACAUGAUGUCUGUUGGCUGCUUCCAGCUUGGGCAGGCUAAUCGUAGCCGCAUGCUGGAGGUCGAAACUUUGCAAACCGGCCGGCUGCUUGGGAUCCAUCGCAUUGCGGACUACGAGGGACUCAAUUGCAUUGAAACCCAGCUGCGGAAGAAGGCAUUCUGGUUGUGCUUUUACACAUAUGCCCAUGCGUGGUAUCAGUGUGGACGGCAAGAACGGUUGGGUUUCUUCGACCAUGGGAUGCUGGCCGAGGUAAACUUCGAGGCUCUGAUCCCCUUGGAACUCGACGAUGAGCAGAUUCUCGAGCACAAAAUCCUUGAAUCUCCCAUCUCCCCUCCUGCAGCUGUUUCCCCUGCAGCGUCCAUGCACCAAUAUCACUCCAGGAUCGCAAAGUUCAACUUAGCUGCUGGGUUCAACUUACACUCUAAGGUGUUUCACAAGAGCGCGCAGAUUGCUCUGACGCCAGCCAUGUGUGACUGGGAACGGCGAGUUAAACCCCAAGAUAGGUUAUCACACCUACGACAACUUCUGCAGGAGAUGCGAUACAUGCUCGAUGACGCCCCCCUUGAAAUCCGGCAGUGGGCAUCUUCAUCCUGGAAUGAGGCCUCUCGGUCGCAUUUAUUCCGCCCAGACGAAGUGUCCAUGGCAUCUCCCGCCAGUUUUCAGCAGAGUCCUCCUGCCAGUUAUCAAGCUAUCGAUAUGAACGAGGAUUAUGUGAACUCACUCCCGGGCCAGUUUGAAAUCAUGAGGGCAAACCUACACGGCACACAUCUUUGGCUCCAAAGCGCCCUUUUGGACCAAAUCGAUAUCAUUCUACAGGAUAUGUCGAAGAGACCUGAUCUGUCACAAUCAGAGAGAGACUGCCACUUGGCGGCUCUGAAAGCGAGCUGGUCGGAACGCGAAGACGUUUGCCGUCAAAUGCUUCAUUUAGUACACAGCAUGCCCCACGCACACAUCGAGCCGAAUGGUCUGUAUUUUGCCUACAAAGUCCGCGACGUAGGCGUGGCAUUGCUCAACUGCCCUUUUGAAGCCUACGAACCACCUGCCCGGCGUGCAACUGAGUAUAUGCACGACUUUACCCGAGCCCUAUCUCGCCUUGACCGGAGCGAGAGAAUGAAUACCAGCAGUCUGCGAAGUUGGGUGGACACAGAUCGUGAAAAGACGAUACCCAGGGGAUAG